AUGUUUUCUCUUCCACGUCAAGCGGUCACGGUCAUCGUUCCGCGAUCUCCUCCAUCGGCGGAAAGCGACCGUCUCCUCCUUCGUCCCAUCAAAGAAUCCGACCUGCCUGCAAUCUUUGCGAUUCGUUCGAGACCUGAAGUUGCUCGAUUUAAUCACCCAAAAACACCAUUCCAAUCUAUUGAUGAUGCACGAGAAUGGCUGUCAUCCAAGACCUUCAUGACGGGCCCUUCUGAGGUUAUUGGAUGUUCUUUCACUAUGGCGAUCGUUGACAAGUCGAUUUCAACCAACCAGGAACCAGUCAUUGGAUAUGUGGGCAUCAACUCGCUAGACCCUUGUCCGCAGAUUGGCUACUCGAUAUUACCUGAGCAUUGGGGAAAAGGGUUUGCGACAGAGGCCUUGCACAUGUUACUGAUGAUGUGGUGGAAACUUCCGCGACGGGAUAUCUCGAGUCUCUUCACAAACGAUGAAGAGGCAGAGAAAGUUUAUGCUAUUUGCGAAAAGCAGAAUCAUGGCAGCUGCCAGGUAUUGAAAAAAUGCGAAUUCGAGGUGGUGGAUGAAUUUCGCCAUGAGGCGGACGACCUAUACUUUUGGUCUUCGAGCAUGCCAAAAUCCUGA